AUGGAAUCAACUAAAAUUGUAUGGCAUGAUCCUAAUAUAUUCGGCGAAGAGAAUUAUCGCUAUAUAAGAGAACACUUAUCUCCUUUACAAUACAAAACUUUUACAACUGUUACUGAAGCUGUCCAGUUUUUAUCAUCAACUACUGAAAAAUGAAUUCUUGUCACAUCCGGGACAAGUGGCGAAGAACUUGUUAAGCAAGUCCACAAUUUCCCAUCUGUAAUUGGUAUCAUAAUAUUCUGCAAUAAUUAUGCAUACCACAAGCAAUGAUCUUCUGCAUUCAAAAAGGUAAAAAGAGUAGAAAUCUCCAACUUUGGAAACGUUCUCCAGGAAGCCAGAAAAAUUUGGGAUCAGUUAGUAACAUAUAACGCUUUAUUUAUGACUCAGAAAGGAAAAAUAGAAUAUGACCAAAUAAUUAAUGCACUUGAAAUAAAUACAGUUGGGACUCCAAGUAGCCAAAUAGCAUGUGAUAGCUUCAGUCAUAGAGCGUAUUACCAUAUGGAAAGUGAGCUAGAAAUGAGUUUUUUGCAGAUUUGUAAGCUUUCACUUAAGAAUCAAGCUAUUCCAAGAUCAGAUGUCCUUAAUGAACUUAAAAGCUUUGCAAUAACUGAUGAAAAUAAAGCAAGGGUUGAGGAAAUGUUUGGCUUGUACCCUAAUGAUUUACUAACUCACCCCCUCCUGAGGAACAAAACCAUUGGAAAAAUCGCUAUUUUUUUCCCAAAAAACCACUCUCCAUGAGCGAACAAAAAUUUUUUUAAUAGAAAAAAUUUUUUAUGAAAAAAAAUUGAUAUAUAAGUGAUAAUUAUUAUAAUGAAAUCUCGAGCUAAUUCUGUUUAAUUUCAAACAAAUUGCGUUUUAAAUAUAAAUUUUAUAAAUUAAAUUAAUAUUUACUUCCCAAUUUUUGCAAAUUAGGAUUUUUUGAAAAUUUCGAAAAAAUUACUAUAAAAUUUAUAUAUAAAUUUUUUUUAAAAAAAUUAACCCCCUUCGUGAGUGAACAAAAUUUUUUUGCUCACUCACGGAGGGGGGAAGUAAGGUCUUUUGUUCAUAUAUACACUAGUGAUUUAGUCUUUAGAAGGUUAAAUGAAUGUUAUGCAGCUAAUGAUUACUCAAGAGUUAUGAACAUUACAGCUGCUUGCCUUUUAGAGCUUAAAUCAAGGCCAGAACUCAUGCUUCAGAAUCAAACUGUUCUUUAUAGAGGUGUGAAUAUUUCCGAAAAAGACUUAGAGAAGCUUACUGUAGGACAAAGAGGCUUUUGACCUGCUUUUACAAGCGCAUCUACCAGAGGAGAUGUUGCAAGAAGGUCUUAUUUUCAGGCUACAGUUGUUUUUGAGAUUCAUUUGCUAGCGAGUGAGCCUCACCCUCAUAUAUUUGCGCAACCAAUGUCUGAUUAUGUAUCAGAGCAAGAAGUCCUUUUGUUGCCUUAUUUUCCGUUAGUGAUCACUAAUAUUCGAAAAGCAGAUAAUGUUACAGUGAUAACUGUCGACCAAGACCCAACUCAUCCGUCUCUGGCUUUUAAUAGCCAAACUCUAAUAAACUACUGGAGGUCAAGAAUAGAGACAGAAGUUAUGAUGCCUAUUGAUGAAAUAUGUGAUAACAUUAGAAACAAAGCUAUCAUCAUUAUUGAUUUGCCUGCAUAUUUUAAAAAAAAUCUAGCCUUAGAUCAUUCAGUCAUGCCAUUUACUAAAGAUUUUGAAAAAAUAAUUCGCAUAACUUAUAAGAAGCACGAGAACGAAAUACAUAAGUUAAAUGACUCUGUAAGUGGAUCUCUGAUUGAAUAUUUAGUAAUAAUGAAAAACGAUAUAGAGAAUUCAAUAGUUUCCUAUAUCAAAAAAAAUAUUGAAAUAGUUUUUGAUCAAUAUUUUGAGAAGAUUAAAGACAAUAUCAUAAAGAUGAUGGGAUAUGAAGUGAUAACAACUUUUAGCGUUCCUAGUGCUAUGGUGAGGGAACUAAUUACGAAAAUUAUGAGAUUAGCAGAGAUGGGUCAUUUUUCUACGAUACCAGAAGUGAGACAAAAUUUUUACGAAGAAAGUAAAGGAGAAACAGAGUCAUCUAUAUAUCUUAAGAUCUUUAUAAAAGAAACGAUUAAAGCAGUGGAGGGUGGGAUCGGUCGUAAUAAGGAAGAGAUCAAAAAGAAAAAUGAAGAAAUUAAAAAUGAAUUGUAUAGACAGCUUGGAAUAUUAAAAAGCAAGCUCCAUCAGUCUCUUGAAAACGUGCUUCUUUAG